GUUUACCUAAUUCAGGGUGGCCUACCAUCCCUGUCACGGACUUGUAUAGGGUGUGACAAAGGGAAUCACAGGCCCCAAAUGGAGUCACUUCUGCUGGGUCAUGUCACCAAAGCAGGGCACAAUACCUAAGCUCAUACAACUUCAGCACUACCCAGAAAUAUAGUUUUCCACUGGUCAGUGAGGAAUGUUGUGGUCAGCACCAAAAGGGUAAUCGGCCACACGAAUGGGUCCUCUGCGUCGCCCAAAAAUGAGGUAUUCCGCUGAUAAGACCUUUUUGUCCCAUAACAAAGUGACCUCGCCUGACAUAAUCCUUUUUUCUGUUUAUGAACUUCUUGUUCUACCUUUAAAAACCUUACCCUUUCUGUAGCUCUUUGUUGCUUCCCUUAACUUGCUAGAUGUGAUGCUGCCCAAUUCACAAAUGAGUGACUGAUCCUGAAGACCUUCAAAAUGCACUGGGCUGAAUUUUUAUGAUAACGGGGACUUUUGUAUUGUUCCCGACCAAUUGCAAAACUGACUCUAACGCUUCAGGCUGCAAGCAUUUGAAGAGCAACAUCUUUCCAGCAGUGCACGGCCUCCUUUGAUUUCCUAAGUGCUGGACACAUUUGAAUGAUGUGUCAUUUACCUCAGGAAGAGGAAGUGGGAGCAACUAAACUACUAGUUUUAGGCUUUGGACUUUAAAAACCAACAAAGCCGCUCCCUCCGGUAGAAGCAGCACUUUGCAGGAACUCUCCGGGACAGCUGGCCGAACUCUGGAAGUCCCUGGGGCAGAACCCCCUUCGGUGGCCGCUGUAACUCUGAGAUCUAUGGUACCCGGAAAAGCGUGGGGAUACAGGACGCAGGCAGCAGCCAAUGACGGAGCAGGACGAGGCAUUUGUGGGCAUGCGUGGCGCGUGGGGGUGGGAUUUCCGGCCUCUUCACGGUGGACGACUUUUGGCGUCAGGCUUGUUUACCCUCGGAGGUUAGAGAGUGCAGAAUCCGGGUCGAGGUGACAAACGGACAAAGCAGGAGAGGAGGCGACGUCCCUGUCGCGGACACUGCGGUCCAUGGCUCCACGACGACGCGCCCGGUCUGCCCCGCGCCGGGGCCGGGACAGGGACAACAGGCCUCAUAUCCCGAUCCGCCCACAGAGUCCGUUGGCGACGGCCGCGCCCAGGGACCCGGCUGAGGGUGGUGUGACCUUUGAGGACAUUGCCAUCUACUUCUCCUGGAAGGAAUGGAGACUUCUUGAUGAGGCUCAGAGACGGCUGUACUAUGACGUGAUGCUGGAGAACUUUACACUUAUAUCCUCCCUGGGUUGCUGCUGUGGAGUAGAAGAUGCGGAGGCACCCCUUGAACAGAGCGUUUCUGUAGGUGUGUCACAGGCCAGCACGCCCAAGGCAGCUCUGUCUUCCCGGAAGACCCACCCUUGUGACAUGUGCGGUCCGGUCUUGAGAGAUGUUUUCCGCCUGGGUGAGCACCAGGGAAAACCAAGCAGCAAGAAACUGUUGAGGUGUGGGGCAUGUGGAAAACGAUUUUACUUCAGCGUAAACUUUCAGCAGCAGCCGGACCAGCAUACGGGAGAGAAACCAUUCAGAAGUAGUGUGGACACGGCCUCUUUUGUGAAGGAAUAUGGAUUUCAUGAUUUAGAAAAGCGCUUUACAUGUAUAGAGGUUCAGAAGGAUUUCAUGCCUGGCUCAGGGCAUCUGCAGCAAGAGGCCACUCAUACUGGAGAAAAGCCAAGCACAAUCAGCCAGUGCAGGGAAACUUUACAGAGUAGUCAUUACACUUGGGGAAAAUGCAAGGAAGCCUUUGGUCCCGAGCAUACACCUGCUCAGGAUCAGGGUAUGCAGCCUGGACGAGCGUGUUUUGUGUGCAGUGAAUGUGGGAGAACAUUCAGGUACAAAUCUUUAUUGACUAUCCACCAGAGACUCCAUACUGCAGAAGGACAUCAGGAGUUUGGCAAAGGUAGGAAAUCCAUUAGGCAAAGGUCUGUCCUUAGUCAAAAUGGAAGGGCUCACACUGGGUCCAGGCAGUACACCUGCAGCAAAUGUGGGAAAUCCAUAAGUCACAAAUCUGUGCUUAUUCAUCCCCAGAGAGGGCACAGUGGAGAAAAUGUUUAUGUUUGCAAUGGAUGUUCAAAAUCUUUUAGCCAUAGUUCAGUUUUAAUUAGUCACAGGGUUCAACCUAGAAAAAGGCCUUAUAAGUGUGGUGACUGUGGAAAAUGUUUUACCUCUAUGUCUAUUCUCAGUUAUCAUCAGAGAACUCACAGAGGGGAAAAACCUUAUCAGUGCAUGGAAUGUGGGAAGUCUUAUAUCUCCAGUACUGGCCUCCGUUAUCAUCGCAGGGUUCACACUAGAGAAAGGCCUUAUAAGUGCCAUGAAUGUGGAAAAUCUUUUUUCUCUACUUCUGACCUCCAUUAUCAUCACAGAGGUCACAGUACAGAAAAGCCUUAUCAGUGCAAUGUAUGUGGCAAGUCCUUUCUCCGAAGAAACGUCCUCAAUGCACACAUAAAGAUUCACUCAAGUGAAAGGCCUUAUAAGUGUAAUGAAUGUGGGAAAUCUUUUAAGUGUAAGGCGACAUUCAUUAAACACCAGAGAGUUCACACAGGAGAAAGACCUUAUGAAUGCAGUGAUUGUGGAAAAUCAUUUAGUACAAGUUCUGUCCUUCGUUCUCACCAGAGAAUUCACACUGGGGAAAGGCCUUAUGAAUGUAGGGAAUGUGGGAAAUCUUUUACCACUAGUUUUGUCCUCCAUAAUCACCAGAGAGUUCACACUGGAGAGAGGCCUUAUGAAUGCGGUGAAUGCGGCAAAUCUUUUACUGCUAGUUCUGCCCUCCACUAUCACCAGAGAGUUCACACUGGAGAGAAGCCUUACGAGUGUAGUGAAUGUGGCAAAUCUUUUACCACUAGUUCUGCCCUUCAGUGUCAUCAGAGAGUUCACACUGGAGAAAGGCCUUAUGAGUGCAGUGAAUGUGGGAAAUCUUUUACCACUAGUUCUGUCCUCCAUGAACACCGGAGAGUUCACACUGGAGAAAGGCCUUAUGAGUGCAGUAAAUGUGGGAAAUCAUUUACUGCUACUUCUGCCCUCCGUUAUCACCAGAGAGUUCACACUACAGAGAGGCCUUACGAGUGCAGUGAAUGUGGCAAAUCUUUUUUCUCUGGGUCUGAUCUCCAGUGUCACCAGAGACUUCACACUGGAGAAAGGCCUUAUAAAUGCAGCGAAUGUGGCAAAUCCUUUCUCCGAAGAAAUAGCCUCAAUGUACACAUAAAACUUCACUCAGGUGAAAGGCCUUAUAAAUGUAAUGAAUGUGGGAAAUCUCUGAACUAUAAGUCGACAUUCAUUCAACACCAGAGAAUUCACACAGGAGAAAAGCCUUACCUAUGCAAUGAAUGUGGAAUGUCUUUUAGUCAUAGUCGUGCCCUACGGAUUCAUCGUCACUGUCACCUUGAAAGAAGUCCUUAUGAGUGUAGUCAGUGUGGGAAAUCUUUUACUUCUAAUUCUUCCUUCAUGUCACACCAGAGAAUUCACACUGGAGAAAAGCCUUAUGAGUGCAGUGAAUGUGGGAAGGCUUUCACUGCUCGUUCUCUCCUCCGUUCUCACCAGAUUGUUCAUACUGAAGAAAAGCCUUAUGAAUGCAGUGAAUGUGGCAAGUCCUUUCCCCGAAAAACUACGCUCAAUGCACACAUAAAGGUUCACUCAGCUGAACGGCCUUAUAAGUGUAAUGAAUGUGGGAAAUCAUUGAAGUAUAGAUCGACAUUCAUAAAACACCAGAGAAUUCACACAGGAGAAAGGCCUUAUGAGUGCAGUGAAUGUGGGAAGGCUUUUAUCAGUCAUCCAGCUCUUAUUUAUCACCGCAAGAGUGCACACAGGAGAAAGGCCUUAGGAGGGCUCUGAAUCUGGAAAAUCUUUCAGCUAAAUCUCCAGACUUACUCAACAUGAGAAACUACACAGUAGAAAAUGUCUUUAUUGGUAACAUGAUGACCUGAAUGCUCAUGUUCACUAAAAUUUCUAUGUUGAAUACCCAUUCUGAUGGAAUAGUAUUAACAGGUGAUAUCUUUGGGAGGUAUUUCAGUAGAGAAUGGUCAGGAGUGUGGAACACUCAUGAGUGGGGUUAAUAUCAUAAUAUCUCUAAAGCAAGUUUCCUUCCCCUAUCAGUCAUGUGCUGACCCUUGAGAAGAUGAUCUAUAAAUCAGGAAGCUGGUGCACCAGUCACAGAACCAGGCCAUAUGCGGAAUGGUAGGUCAGAUAUACAGCCUCCACAACUGGGAAACUUCUUGUUUGUUUACAAGCCCCCUCCUUUGUGAUAUUUUGUUAGAGCAGCCUGAGCUGAGACAAAUGUGAAGAAUAUGGGUAAUCUUUUGACCAAAGAUACAGUUGUGAAAUCCGAAUUCACCUUGGAGCAGGGCCUCAUGGGUGAGGUACAUGACCAUUCCUUUAGUCCAGUGAUCUGUCUUCAUUCCACGCUCAGAGGUCACACUGCAGAAAGAAUUUAAAGUAGCAGAGAAGGUGAUGUUUCCUUGCUUCGUGUAAUCACAGUGGAGGAGAACCGUUUGCAAGGCAGACACCUACCUGAGUUGAACUUUGUUCACCUGAAUGUCCAGAGGGGAGUGACUUACCAUAAUUUGAAGCUAUUUCAGAAAAAUACAGAAGCUGCCUUGUGCUUUUGCUGUGUUUGGAGUCAUUGCUCAAUUGAAAUCACUGCCAGUUUCUGUAGCAAAAGUCACUUCACCCCUGCCACUUGCCAGGUUCCCAUCAUGUGUAUCAGCCACCACGCACCGUGCUCAAGCAUGCUGACCUCUGCGCUUUGUCAUUGGCGACGGACAUUGUGGGUAAUUGGAACUCCUUGUUCCCUUCUAAGUCAGGACGUGGAUGUGACCCAGUGUUGACCCUCCUACCUGAACUGAGUUUGGGGUGUUGUCUUGCAGAGAGGCUGAGUCUCUUAGGACGUUGUUGGUCUCCUGAUGUUUGUGAUCAAUGUGUGCAGCACCCAAGUCACCAGCACAGGAAUUUGGUGCCACGUUUUGCUCUGGUUUAUUCAUUAAUAAAUGCCUUUUUUGUUUAGUUACAUUUAACCUUAUGUGUUGUAUUCACUCAAAGGGGUUGAGAGCAGAAUUGGCGUCUGCCAACAUGAAGAAGUGAACAGAUUUCAUUGCAUCCCAAACUUACUGUGUCUUGGAUAAUUGUAAAUAAAAAAUAACUACGACCCAUACUGUGCAGCUUGGGUGUGAAUUCGCAUUGUGACCCAACACCUUUGUUGUGGGCUGAAUCGUGUACCCCAAAUUCCUAUGUUUAAGUUGUGACCCCCAGUAUGUCAGAAUGUGACUGUAGUUAGACAUAGCAUGUUUCAUGAGAAUGAAGUUGAAGUUUAAUGAGAGUGAGGUUAUUAGGAUGGAGUCUUAGUACUCUUAGUAUGACUGGUGUCCUUAGAAAAAAAGGAGCUGAAAAUAGUGGUACAGAAGGAUGACCAUUUGAAGACCGAGAAAUCCCCAACUCCAAGCCAAGGAGAGAGGCCUCAGAAGAAACUGACCCUGCUGAUACCUUAUGUCCAAUUUCUAGACUCCAGAUUUGUGUGGAAGUAAAUUUCUGUUGUCUAAUCACCUCGUGUGUCGGACACCGUUACGGCAGUUCUGGAUAAUACAGCCCCCUGUGUUGUAUAUCUGGCUUCUGUGGUGGAUGCCAGCAAUUUUCCUGUGCUCAGAGGUCACCCUGAAGAGGAAGCAUCUCCAGUGGUUAUGAAACCAUCUCCAGUGGUUGUGGAGACAACAUGAAUAUUUUGCUUGUCCACAGCUGAUACCACAUACUGCCAGGCACUGUUGAGUGGAAUAUCUACCCCAAAUACUUCAAAGGAGCCAUGUGACCUGAUGCACACUAUUCGUGUGUUACACCACAGGGGCAAGGGAACUGUAAUUGGUAAUCUAGAAGAUAGGGUAAUGAGGGAAUAGAGGAGACAUCAGCCACUUAGUGGAGUGUAUCGCUUAUAAAUAUGUAUCCACCGGUGUUCUAGUGACCGGGCAGGAUCAGUGUGUACAGAAAUUCUUCACUAUCAACACAUGUGUCCUGUGUCCAAGAGGUCACUGUCAUAAAAUAAUCCAAAGGUGUCUGAACUCACAUAUCCUCUUUGGUGUUUACGUCUCAAGGCCAUCGUGCGAGAGAGGAAGAGGAUACAAGACAAGAUACAAGACUGGUUUCAUAGUCCAGAGAGGUAGCUUUUUUGACACGCCUAGCCAGCAUUGUUGGUACCAGCUGUGCCUGUGGCAGAUGCUUGUUCUGAAACAUUCACUUCCCAAGUAGUCUCCCAGGUACUCCCCAGCCUCCUUGGCUGUAAAAACUGGUCGUCCUGGAGUUGGUGGUGCAGGGACCGACUCCUCUUAUGGGUGCCAAAGUCAUGCUUCUGUCCCUGAGUCCGUAAAUAAACCAUUUCUCCUCAAGCUGGACUUCUCAACCUUUUCCCUUGCUUAAGGUUUGGAGGUCACUUUGCGUAUACGUCCCUUCCAGGCAAUGCUACUAUUUUCUUCUCUGGAAGUAUACCACUAUUUACCCAUUCAUCUGUUUGGACCAUUUGGGUUACUUAGAGUUUUGGCGUUUGUAAACAAAGCGCUCUCUAAAAAUUUUCAUUACCGUUCUCUAUGUGGAUAGAGGUUUCCUUUCUCUUGUGGUGUGACUCAAAGCGCAAUGCCCGUCACAGGUAGGUUAGUGCUAAUAUUUUUAAGAAACUGCCAAAAUGUGAUCUAAACUUCAGUUCUGCAUUCCCACCAGCAUGUAUGAGAGUUCCAGUGCCUCCAGUCCCUGCCACUACUUGAUAGUGCCAGUCUGUAAUGUCAGCCCAUUUCAUAAGUGUGUAGUGCUGUUGCCAUUGCAUUUCCUAGGGGUGUUGAUUUUGAGUACUUUUUCGUGUGUUUUUUUACCACCUGUCUAUCUCCUUUGGUACAAUUUCUGUUCAUAUCGUUUGCCCGUUAUCUUUCCGAUGAGUUAUGGCUAUUUCCAUUUUCCUUUACAAAUAAGAAACGCAUACAACAAUGGUA